AUGAGCCUAAAACGUGGUGCAUCUGGUGGCAGAGCCAUCUCGCCGCCGCCGACAAAGCGACGAAUUGAGUCAACAACCACAAACAAUGCCGUUGCUUCGUUCUUCAAGCCGGCAUCUCAGAAGCCACCUGAUCAAAUUUCAUGGAGAGUUCUCAAGGACAGUCUCAUUAUUGGACGCAACAACCCUACAGUCAUCCCACCUCAAGCCAAGAUUCAUCCUGUAAGAGUUGCAGCUUUUGAUCUCGAUGACACGCUCAUCACCGCGACCGGAGCAAAGUUUGCGCGAGGAGCCGAUGCCUGGAAGUGGUGGGAUCCGAGCAUACCGGGUAAGCUUCGACAACUGUACAACGAAGGCUAUCUGGUCGUGAUCUUCACGAAUCAAGGCGGCGUCAGCUUGAAGGACAAGAAGCCACAAACCUUGCAGCAAGAUACCGCGAGUCUGGCGAAGCUCAAAAGUCAGGUGACCAACAUCCUCACAGCAUUGAAUCUACCAAUGAGUCUGUACGGUGCGUCUGCACAGGAUCAUUACCGCAAACCAAGGACAGGAAUGUGGCAAGAAAUGCUCGAGGACUACGAUCUGACGGCUGAAGGUGCCGUCGACAUGAAGUCUUCAUUCUACAUCGGAGAUGCUGCUGGCCGAGAGAAGACGGACAAGAGGCAGAAAGCAGACUGGGCAAGUUCGGAUCGUGACUUGGCCACGAACAUAGGCAUUCGAUUCCAGACUCCUGAGGAGUUCUUUCGCGGCGAAGACGUUGAGCCUUAUCAGCCAGCCUUCGACCCGUCGAGUUACCUCAGCGAGGCCGCUAUCGCCAAAGCAGGCGUCAAAUUCGAAAAGAAACACAAGCAGGAGAUAGUGAUGUUCUGCGGAUCCCCUGGCGCUGGGAAGAGCACGUUCUUCUGGAGAGUACUCGAGCCUCUCGGUUAUCUCAGGGUGAACCAGGACACACUCAAGACUCGUGACCGAUGCUUGAAGGCGGCACGAGGCUACUUGCAAGAGGGUUUAUCAGUCGCAGUCGAUAAUACCAAUGCUAACGUCGAAGCCCGCAACUACUGGAUAUCUCUGGGCCGAGAAUUCAAUGUGCCUGUACGCUGCGUCCACUUCACAACACCUCUCCGGCUAGCGGAACACAACGACAGCGUCAGAGCCCUGAAUGUUGCACUGAUGAAUCCUGAGAAGCGUGAGCUACUGCCGGGGAUUGCGUUCAAGAGCUUCCAGGGGCGAUUCCAGGAGCCAAAACUGUCAGAAGGAUUCGAUGAUCUCACAAAAGUCGACUUCAGCUGGAAUGGGACUCCUGAACAGCAAGCUGUGUGGUCGAAGCACUGGGUUUCCAAAUUUUCCACGUAA